AGAGAGAGAGAGAGAGAAACAAAGGUCAAAGCGAGGCAGUUGAGUAAUUCAUUCCCCAUUCCACAAUCCACACCAUCCAUCCAUAGCUAGGUGUAAUCAUUUCUUUUCUUCCAAGCUCGAAUACAAAAACAACAACAACUCUAUUAGGAUCCAUUUCCUCGUGAUCUUCAAGUACAGCACCCACCAUAUACAUGUAUCUAUGUAUGUAUGUAUGUAUGUAUCAUCAUCAUGAAUCAUGAUACUCCCUCACUACUUAUGAAUGAGGUCAGAGAGUGAGUGAGACGAGUGCUAAGUCCUAAGAGAAUUUUCAGAGUGCUCUACUCUUAUCUCAUCUCAUGCUCUUAACAACAAUAACUUGGUCUUUUCAUUUUCUCUCUCCCCCAACAUCCUUUCUGUAUGCAUAGGGAACAAAAAGCAGCUACUUUUUCUCCAAUAUAAAUACAAAUACAUCAGUUUUGAGGAAUACCCAGAAAGAAAGUGAGCAUCUUUAUUAAGUUCAUGCACUCUAAUGGCAACUUGUGGAAGAGAAGGAGCCGUGAGACAGUACAUAAGAUCCAAGGUUCCUCGUUUGAGAUGGACUCCUGAGCUUCAUCGAUGCUUUGUUCAUGCCAUUGAUAGCCUUGGAGGUCAUCACAAGGCUACCCCUAAGCUUGUUCUUCAGUUGAUGGACGUUAAAGGCCUCACAAUUUCACACGUCAAGAGCCAUCUUCAGAUGUACAGAAGCAUGAGGGGUGACUUGGGAAGACAAGGUAGGAUUUCAUCAAGCCAACAUAGGAACCAAUCUUUUGAGGAACAUGAUGAUGGAUGUGUUGAAGAAGUGAAUGAUGUUAAUAAUAACAAUAAUAAUCAUAAUCAAAACUAUCAUCCAUGUUCACAAUCCAUUGGAAAAGAAUCCGAUUCUCUCUUCGGAUACAGUAACUUCUCCCCAAAAAGGGCUAGAAUAGAGAGAAACUAUUCCAUAUCUCAGAACCUGCAAUGCAGGAACCAAAGAACAGUGCCGUAUCCGUACUCCUUUUAUGAUUAUGCUUAUUCAACUCAACAACAACAACAUCAACCACCUCAUUCCACAGUUUUCCCUAUGCUGCCACCACUUCUUGGAAAUUUCCUCCAGGUUACUAAAUUAAAUGAUAGAGAGACCACUUCGGAGCCAAUGACUAAUAAUAAUAAUAAUAAUAAUAAUGUACUUUUGAACAUCAACAAAAACAACAACACUGAAAAGAAGGCACGUGCAGAAGAAGAUGAAGAUGAAGAUGUAGGGAGAGAGUGUGAGUUGUCAUUGUCUCUCACAUUGCCAAAUCCUUCACCCCAGAGAAGUAGUAAUGUUUCUUCAGCCAGUGAGAUCACUGAGGCUGCUAUUUCUUCAUCAUGUUCCACUACUCUCAAACAUAGGAUUAAUUUAGACUUGUCUCUAUCCCUUUGUUGAAAUUCAUCUUCAUCAUCAUCAUUAUCAUUAUUUAUUUUCUGCUUAAUCCUUUACUUUAAUUUAGCCUUCUUAAUCAA